AUAAGGUAAUCGCUACUUGACCCUGAAGUACUCAAGAACCUGCUUUGUGUGUUUUUAUGUAUCAAUAUACUGCCUACUAGCCAACGAUUGUACGUGGAUUGGUUUUUUUCCUCCUGCAGUUGAGUGACUAAGUACACUGCUUAAAAAUGAGUUCAUGUUGGAACGAAACCGGUUGGUGGGCUGAUCAAGAAGAAACCGAACUUUCGUAUGCUCGUGACAAACUGGAUUCGUUGCUGCAGAUCUUAAAAGAGGACCCAGCUAAGACCAAGACCAGCACCAAGUAUAAGGAUGAAAUGGCUGGUCGGCGAGAUUCUUCAGAAAAGGAAAAGUUUAGGAGUCCAUUUUAUAAAGUAUCUCCGAAUGAUAUUAAAAGGAAGAAACGACGAGUACCAUCUGAAGAAGAAGAAACAUACAAAGAAUCAUUUGUCAUAAAGGUUUUUGAGAGAAGUGUGGACUUUGGACAGUUUAGCGAAAACGCUCCUUUGUAUCCAAUGGCUAGAUCUUGGAUACGUAAUCUUAAUCAGGGUGAUUCUUCAUCAUGGAAUGAUGUUCCAAAUGUUGAUGAUGACCAGGAGAACAGUGAUCAGUUGCCUGACUGUCAUUACACGCUACCUAAGCCAAGUGAUGGAUUGACCGAUAAUGACAUCAGGAUACCGCCUCCUCUCCCAUCGGACGGUCAGCCAUUCCUUAUAAACGUUGAGAACCCACCUAAGGAAAUGUCUCCUGAGGGAUUAUUGGAACAGCACAUUGUUCGUUGGAGAGAAAUCCGAAGAAAAUGGAAAGCUGCCUGUCGCGAUAACGAAGAACGGUAUUUGGACUCUUAUCUUAUUCUCAAAGAAACGUAUGACAAAUUCUGCAAGGACAUACCAUAAGCUCCGUCUUAUAAAAUAAAUGUAUUUGUUCAUAAAGGCAAACACAAAUUAUAAAAGUGUC